CUCCGGCAGUGUGACGUUGAGCUGGACCAUUUCCGCUUUCUAACCUCUCCUCUUCUCCUGAGACUUUUCCACAUAAAACUAAUCCAGCUGUGCUGCUGCUGCGUCACCGCCUCACACUCACGCUGAGGGAGAGCGACUCCGGCAGACGGGCGGAGGAAGCGAGGCAGUCAUGUCUGCUGCUCUGUGGCUCUGUGUCUCGGCGUGCGUCCUGCUGGGCAGCCGCGCGGUGCUGCAGCGGGACGUCCUGAAGGGCAAAGCCCUGAGCCUCAACGACAUGUUCCGCGAGGUGGAGGAGCUGAUGGAGGACACGCAGCACAUGCUGGAGGAGGCAGUGGACCAGAUUAAAAACGAGAGCUCCAGGUCCAACUCAGACAGGAACCACCUCAGUUCUGUGAGAAACCUGGAGGACGGCGACGUCAGGAUCGAAGUCUCGGCGGCGACUGUGGAGGAGUGCAUGGUGGACGAGGACUGUGGGGAGCUGCACUACUGCCAGUCUAAGAUCCAGGAGUCCAGGUGUCUCCCCUGCAUCCCCACGGACAUGCCGUGCACCAAGGACGAGGAGUGCUGCUCGGAGCAGAUGUGCGUGUGGGGCCAGUGCACGGUCAACGCCACCAGAGGACGCGAGGGCACCAUCUGUCAGGGGCAGAGCGACUGCGAGGCCGGGCUGUGUUGCGCCUUCCAGAGAGAGUUGCUGUUUCCGGUGUGUAACCCCAGACCGAAGAAGGGGGAGGCCUGCCUGAGUCACCCCAACUUACUGAUGGACAUGCUGGCCUGGGACCAGGAGGGGCCCCGGGACCACUGCCCCUGCGCCGGGCCGCUGCAGUGCCGACUGCACAGACUCGGCGCCGCCUGUGGAGAGUAGGACGAGGAGGCGGAGCAGGUCUCGGUGCGGAGGGUUUCCUGAACACCGCACCGUGGCCUUCUGCUGAAGUGGCAGGCACUGGACACUGGAGGGCGCACUUUACCCGCGUAGACAGCACAGGACUCGAUCCCGUCGACUUCAACGUUAUUUUUUAAUACAUAUUUUCAUGUUUCUGCGCACGACGAACCGAUGACAGUUGCUUGUAAUUAACGCCGACAUACUUCAGUUAAUCAAUCACUUUUGUGUCAAGUGUGAACAGCUCAGCUGAAACUCAGCGCCUGUUGCCAUGACAACACAAGCUCGUGGGUUUAUAAUUAGCCGUCCGCUGACGACUCUACAUGUCACUUCACCAUCAAGUGGAAACGACUGUCCAAACCCUGCCAUGAGUACUUCUACUAGCGCGACUGCUGCGGUUCUACUGGUACUUCUACCACAGUCCCGACCACCUGCUCCUCAGUUCGACUGCAGCCACAGAAAUGUCCCCUGCCUCCCACUAUAUUACAAUAUACUGCAAAAUAAAUUAUUCUGACGACACCGCUAAACUUCCUAGUACAUCUUGUACAACUGCGGCUGUUGCUGCCGUCAGUACAACUGAUUUGACCUGAGUACUACUAUCAGGAAGUGUGUACUAGUGUUUCUGUUUGGCUACCUUUAAUCUUAAUACCACUCUACACAAGAACUAGUAUGACUGUUAGGAUUUACUAUCAGGUCUAUAAAUAGCAGUACUACAGCUCUCCUGAAGUUCACAUGAUCACCACCUUUGAUUGUACUCCAACUACUGUGAUGUAAUCAUACGACUGAUUCUACUGCGACUGCUGAUACUUUUGCUUCUUCUCAUUGUACUACUGCUAGUAUUUCUUCAGCUAAUGUUAAACUGCUACAAAAAUGCAUUAUUUUCAUUUUAUAUUACAUCAGCGUCCUACGACGACCAGGUGUUUCUCCUCUAUUGGAGUAGACUGAC